AUGGUUCCUGCACCUAGCUGUCCCAUUGCGUGGGACUACUGGACCGCCACGCCGUCAGAUUACGUGGAGCUGACAUGCCUGAUGCCUAACUCUAUAUUCCUCUCUCUAAGAGUAAGCUGGAAUGCAACACUUCUUGGUGUGAAAGAGGAGCUAUGGGACCUAGCCAUGAAGCAGCCCCUCUUUGGGAUGCUGCGGGAGAUGUCAGGCUAUGUAUUCCAAUUUAUCAACUCACUCGCAGUUCCAGAAGAGGUUGAUGAUGAGAAUAAAAGGUUGCGUGACAUUAAACCUGCGCUUGGAGUGCUUAUGAUUAUAGAGCGCUCUAUACAAAGGCCAGGGGAAAACUUAUUGAAUACACAAAUCAGUCAUUUGAUUGGAAAAGGUUUAAACGAAUUUGAUAAUUUAAGAAGUUCAGAAGUCAAUGAUUUCCGGAUGCGAAUGCGCUACCUAGCCGAGGAGAGUCUACUAAAAAGAGCACAGAGCACUCAAUUAGAGAGGCUAAGAUAUCACUGCCCGCCAAGAUUAGCUGAUCUCCAUACUGUUCCUACAAGUUUACACAGUCACCUUAACAACAACUGCUUUAUACUUGUCACUAAAGUGGCCAAAACAGAGUUUUCCUUCACAUCGAACGUGUCCGUCAGUUUGACGCCGCAGCAGCAUAUAGAGACCAUAUUGCGGAAGAAGGCGAACUCGCUCAAUAUGCGGGGUGAGAACCCGCGUAACUAUGUGCUCAAGGUUUGCGGUCGGGAAGAGUACCUCCUCGGCGACCAUCCUCUAAUACAGUUCCUGUACAUCCAAGAAACGCUGUCGAGAGACGGUGUCCCCCAAGUCAUGACUGUCUGCAUAGACAACAUAGCAUUAGGUUCCGAAGUCCAAUACUACUCGCUACCGGAGCGAACGCGACUUUCCUCGGAUCAAUCUAACACUAUAAGGAAGAAGAAAAACUACGAGUCCUCGUGGAAAAUAGAAAAGAACUAUUCUUGCGUUGUGCAAAGUGUCGGUGGUCUCAACGUCGACCCGGGCAGACCGGUUGAGGUUGUCUGCCAAGCGGGCAUCUACCACGGAGGAAAGCCUUUAUGCGAACCAAGGAAGACUCGAGUAGCGGUCGUGACCAUGGAAGGCGAAGCUCAGUGGAACGUGAUCUUACAGUUCCCCAUCAAAGUGUGCAAUGUGCCCCGGAUGGCGAGGCUUUGCUUCGUCAUUUACGAGGUUUCAAAGGCCAAGAACAAAUGGAAAGGCAAUAAGGAUACAAUAAACAGGCUAGCGUGGGCAAACACAAUGGUAUUCGACUACAAAGAUCAGCUACGGACGGACGGUGUUACUCUAUACAUGUGGACACACGUAGCUGAUGGCACGCAAGGAGACGACUUGCUUCUACAUCCAUUAGGAACAGUUGUCUCUAAUCCGAACACAGAAUCCUGUGCGGCGCUGCAAGUGCGAUUCUCCAACUAUGACUGCCAACAUCCAAUCUUAUUUCCGAAACCGGAGUCUGUGAAGGCAUACGCAGACCAGCUCGAGAAUGAAGCGGAUGACGUUGUGGGCACCCUAAGUGAAGACAUUGAGAAUCUUCGCGCCACGGCCGAGAAGGAUCCGAUGUAUGAAAUGCACGAACAGGAGAAGAAAAAUAUAUGGGCUUCGAGAGAAUACUUCCGAGUAUCGGCCCCAGAAUUACUACCCAAACUUUUGUCCUGUGUUGAGUGGACGGAGCGCGCUGAAGUCGCUAGAGUGGUGCGGAUGUUGGCCACUUGGCCUCUGCUGCGAGUGGAGUCUGCUCUGGAGUUACUGGACUACGCCUAUGCUGAUGCUGCGGUCAGGAGCUUCGCUGUCAAGUGCUUAGCUAAAAUCAGUGACGAAGAUCUCCUACUGUACCUUUUGCAACUUGUGCAAGCACUCAAACACGAAUCUUACCUGAUGUGCGACCUGUCCGUGUUUCUACUGCAACGGGCCUUUGAGAACAUGAACAUUGGCCACUACCUUUUUUGGCAUUUAAGGUCUGAGAUGCACGUACCUUCAGUGUCGGUGCGUUUCGGUCUAGUGCUGGAGGCGUACUGCCGCGGCUGCCAGGACCAUAUCAACAGUCUCAUGCGACAGAUCUCCUGUCUCGACAAACUUAAAUGGGCGAAUCAAUGUAUCCGCAAGAAGAAGGAGAUCACCAAAGCACGCGCGGCUCUUCGACAACAUCUCGAGGAACAGCAUUGCAUGGAGACACUUUCUGACUUUGUGUCACCGCUCAUCCCUAGUCUCGUUUGUAAGAAAAUCAAGCCUGAAGGUUGUCGCGUGAUGGACAGCAAAAUGCGUCCGCUACUGCUCGAGUUCGAGAAUGUGGAUCCUACGGGCAGCGACAUUCGCAUCAUACUGAAAGUGGGCGAUGAUCUGCGCCAGGAUAUGUUCACACUGCAGAUGCUGCGUAUAAUGGAUCGCCUUUGGAAAAACGCGGGAUAUGACUUCAGAUUGAAUCCCUACAACUGUAUAUCUAUGGAGUACGCAGUUGGCAUGAUCGAGGUGGUGGACGAGGCGGAGACAGUGGCCAAUAUACAGAAGCAGUUCGCUCGGUUCAACGCCACGUCAGUCAUAUCCAGGGUCAACUUGUUCCAGUGGCUCCGCAAAAAGAAUCCUACAGAGGAAUCGUUCAACAAGGCCGUUGAAGAGUUCACGAUGAGUUGCGCCGGAUACUGCGUCGCUACAUACGUUCUGGGCAUCGCCGACCGUCAUCCUGAUAACAUUAUGAUUAAAGAGAGUGGGCAGCUCUUCCACAUAGAUUUCGGACACUUUUUGGGCCACUUCAAGAAGAAGUACGGUGUGAAACGCGAGUUUGUUCCCUUCGUGCUAACACAUGGGUUCAUCCACGUCAUUAAUAAAGGACAGCGAGGCGGGAACAACGAUCUGCUGGACUUUAAGAUUUUCAGGGAGCUCUGCGAGACGGCAUUUAAAAUCCUCAGAAAGCAUGGGCACCUCAUCUUGUCGCUGUUUUCGAUGAUGAUCUCCACCGGUUUGCCGGAGCUUAGUUCGGAGAAGGAUUUGCAGUAUCUAAGACAAACUUUGGUUAUGGAUCUCUCGGAAGAGAAGGCGAUAGAGCAUUUCAGGUUGAAGUUUGACCAGGCUGUGACCAGCUCGUGGACCGCCUCCGUCAACUGGGCCUUCCACAAUAUGGACAAGAACAACUGACAGUGACCCGUGAGCAGGCGCCUCAAGCGCCAGCCCUCAAAGCACGCGCCGCAGACGCUGUGAGCGAUCAGCCUUAUGUGUGACGUCACAUCGUUUUAAUACACGACAGUUCUUUACUUGACCAUAAUAUUAAUAAUUGCUACUUAUAUGAAGUCAAUAGCUAGUACAUAGCGGUGAUAGUUCAGUGGAUAUAAUUUGGACUUCACUUUUGAGGGGCAGAGUUCGAAUCCGAGCACUUUUUAACUUUUAUAAGUUAUGUGCGUUUUUAG